UGACGCACGUACCAUCGCGGUUCUCAACUCAAACUCAUAAACAUCUUAGUAUUAACUGCUAAACGAGAGUUUAACGUCAUGAAAGUUUUAAUUACUUUGGCGUUGUUGAUUGCAGCUGUUUCGGCGCUGCCACAAUUCGGCUUUGGCCCACCAGGCUUCUAUGGUGGAGGACCUGGCUUCGGUCCACCUGGUUUUGGACCUCCUCCUCCACCUGGUUUCGGUCCUCCUCCUCCACCUGGUUUCGGUCCUCCACCACCCGGUUUCGGCGGUUACGGUAAUCGUGGUGGUGGUGGUGGUGGAAGUGCUUCAUCCUCAGCUUCGUCGAGCGCCAGUUCGUCUGCUGGUGGCGGUCUAGGCGGUGGUUCUUCGUCAGCGUCCGCUUCAGCUUCGGCGUCGUCUUCCUUCGGUGUAUUAACUGCUAAACGAGAGUUUAACAUCAUGAAAGUUUUAUUUACUUUGGCGUUGUUGAUUGCAGCUGUUUCGGCGCUGCCACAAUUCGGCUUUGGCCCACCAGGCUUCUAUGGUGGAGGACCUGGCUUCGGUCCACCUGGUUUUGGACCUCCUCCUCCACCUGGUUUCGGUCCUCCUCCGCCACCUGGUUUCGGUCCUCCACCACCCGGUUUCGGCCGACCUUUUAGAGGCGGAGGCUAUGGUGGAGGUUUUGCCCCUGGUGGCUUCGGUCCAGGCGGUUACGGUAAUCGUGGUGGUGGUGGUGGUGGAAGUGCUUCAUCCUCAGCUUCGUCGAGCGCCAGUUCGUCUGCUGGUGGCGGUCUAGGCGGUGGUUCUUCGUCAGCGUCCGCUUCAGCUUCGGCGUCGUCUUCCUUCGGUGGUGGCUUCCGCGGCUAAGUGUAAUUGACCAGGGCGAAUUUUAAACUAGAUUUAAGUAUGCAAGAAGGCUGAACAGUAGUAAAUAUAUGAAUGUAAAGAAAUUUUUUUUAUUUGUGUACAAAUUUUAAUAAAAAAACUCAGA